AUGUCUGAGGUUUACGAUCUUGAAAUUACAACAAAUGCUACCGAUUUUCCAAUGGAGAAAAAGUACGCAGCCACUAUUUCGCUGAAUGAUUUGAAAAAGAAACUCGAACUUGUCGUUGGAACCACCGCCGAGUCGAUGCGAAUCCAAUUGUUUGAUGGAGAUGACCAACUGAAAGGCGAAUUGACCGAUGGAUCUAAAAGUUUGAAAGACUUGGGAGUUCGCGACGGCUACAGAAUUCACGCAGUCGAUGUAACCGGAGGAAAUGAAGACUUCAAGGACGAGAGUAUGGUGGAGAAGUAUGAGAUGAGUGACGAUGCCUACGACAAGAGAACCGACAGUGUUCGUGCGUGGAAGAAGAAAAUGCAAGAGGAACAAGGAGGAGGAGCAGUGCCAGUUGAGAAGGAAGGCGACACGGCGAACGAAAAAGCAGCUAAAGGAAUCAAAAUCGGAGAUCGGUGCGAAGUCACCGUUGGAGCUCACAUGGCACGUCGUGGAGAAGUGGCGUUCGUUGGAGCCACGAAGUUCAAAGACGGGAUUUGGGUUGGCGUCAAAUACGAUGAGCCCGUAGGAAAGAACGACGGCUCGGUGACUGGAGUUCGAUACUUUGAAUGCGAACCGAAAUAUGGAGGAUUCGUUCGACCUGUUGACGUCAAAGUUGGUGACUACCCUGAACUCUCCAUCGACGAAAUUUAA